UGCCGCGAAUCAUAACAAGAAAAGUCCUUCCUUUUUUCAUCAUCGGACGCAUUCUGUUGACCGGCGUGCUGUCUAGUGAAUUUGUUUCAGUUUUAAAGUGAAUUAGUGAAGUUUUUGUGGGUGGAUUACUGAAUCCGAAUAAACUACCGCCAUGGAUAAAUCCACUGAGGCUGAAACAAACGGACCGGCCGCUCCGAAACCUAUGAAAAACGGAAACGGAAAGGAUAAGGGUAACAACAGCAACAACAACAAUAACAAAGCUCAGCCAAAUGCUUCGGAGCCAAAACAACAGGACCAGCAGCAGUCUGGUCAAUCUCCAGCAGCAGCUGUUGCAGCUCCGGCGGCGCCGCCCAAACAGGUGCCCAAAAAUAAGAAACGAAAGGCCAAGGAUGUCAAUGCACCGAAACAUCCGCUUACCGGAUACGUGCGUUAUAUGAACGAAUUUCGGGAAACGAUCCGUUCCAAGAAUCCCACCCUGCCGGCAAUGGAAAUCACCAAACUUCUAGCCGAGGAUUGGAGCGCCCUCUCGGAGGAUGCCAAAAAGCCCUAUCUGGAUGCGGCCGAAGCUGAUCGAGAGCGCUACAACCGGGAGAUUUCCGAGUACAAGCUCAACAACCCAGAUGCCAUGAUCAGAAAGCGACCAAAAGCAGCAGCAACAGCAGCUCCGAGCAACGGAGACGAUUCGGACUCGACCCCAGCAGCUCCGAAGGAUGUUCCUUAUCUCAAUGGGAAAGAGGAGAAGCGAGAACUUAGGGUGGGAGACUACGAGAUCCCAAUCUUCACCGACGACUUCCUGGAGCACAACAAGAUUAUCGACUCGGAGCUGCGGAUGCUGCGCAAAUCGAACAUCGACUACGAGCAGCAAAAUUCCGUUCUGGAGAAGCACGUCGAGAACAUGGACAACGGCAUCCAGAAGCUGGAGAACGAAACCAACAGCCUCAAGUCCCGGAACGUAACGCUGCAGAACUAUUUGCAGCGGUUGCGUACGGUACUGGCCGGGGCCCUUUCGGGAUUGCCAAUCGGCAGCGAGGUGAAGGGUGCCACCGUGGACAACAUCGAUCGGUACAUGGGAGAACUGCACCAGAUGGUGAAAAGCAACACCCACGGCCACGUGCUGAACAAGGCCAAGGACAUCAUCCGGAAGCUGGACUUGAACUCGUUGGCAACAUAGGCGUACGGGGUGCGUGUGGGUGGGGCUGUUUGUGAGAUAGGAUUUUGGCCCCACGAAGUAUUACUUUAUCCAUUAUUA